CUUUUCUGCUGUUUGGUCAGAACUUUAUUUUGUGCCAAAGUAGGCCUCAUUUUCGUUGUUUAUUCAGCAAAAGUUGCUGGUUUAUUUAUUGAGCAGAUCCCGUCCCUGAAUGCUAAGUUCCCUGGGAACUCCCAUGAUGCACAUGUCAUUAGACAAUCAGGGAUAUGGCAGAGAUUAAGAAUGAUGGAAGGCCAAGACAUGUGGUUAUUGGGAGACCGUGGAUAUCCUUGCACCCCAUGGCUCAUGACUCCUUACAGUAAACCCAGGCCAGGACCACAGAUGGCAUUUAACUCCGCGCUUACUGCCACUAGACAGCUCGUGGAGUGCACGAUUGGUGUCCUUUAAGGCCGUAUUUGUGUGCUCCACCGCACUGGUGGCGACAUGAUGUAUUCGCCGGAGAUGCUGAUUGUUCCCGCAAAAUGUGGGCAAGCACAACGGCUCGCAGAAGAAGACGUCCAGCCCAAGCCCCUUCUCCACAAACCUCCCCUUCUGUGGCCCACUCCCCCUCUCUGCACCCCUCCCCCUCUCUUUCCCAAUCCCCCUCUCCGGCCCACUCCCCCUCUCCGGCCACCUCCACCUCUCCGGCCCACUCCCCCACUCCGACCCACCCCCACUCUCCGGCCACCUCCACCUCUCCGGCUCACUCCCCCUCUCCGGCCACCUUCCCCUCUCCGGCCCCCUCUCCGGCCCUCUCCGGCCACCUCCUCCUCUCCGGCCCACUCCCCCUCUCUGGCCCCCUCCCCGGCCCACUCCCCCUCUCCGGCCCACUCCCCCUCUCCGGCCCACUCCCCCUCUCUGGCCACCUCCCCCUCUCCGGCCACCUCCCCCUCUCCGGCCCAAUCCCACUCUCUUUCCCAAUCCCCCUCUCCGGCCCAAUCACCCUCUCCGGCCCAAUACCCCUCUCUUUCCCAAUUCCCCUCUCUGCCCCCCUCCCCCUCUGUGUCCCAAACCACCUCUCCACCACCCUCACCCUAUCAUUCUCAAACCUCCUCUGUAAGAUCCUCCCCCUUCCAUCCUCUUACAGAAAUCGACCCUCCUUCCCCCAUCCUGCCUCCUUCCCCCAUCCAGCCCCCAUCCCCCAUCCAGCCAACCUCACCCAUCCAGGCUCCAUCCCGCAGCCAGCCACCUUCGCCCCCAUCAGAAUGGGCAGCAGAGGCCCCGGAGCCACUUGAGGGAGUUGGGCAAGUGGCAGAGGAGAAUGUUGCGGUUGGAGAUCUCCCAAGUUUGUCAGGAAUUCUGGCAAACAUGCGCCAGCAACUCCUAAAUCUACUUGAAAAUGUUGAGUUGAUGCAGAAAUUAGUUUAA